UGAACUGUUCUUCUGCUAAACAUGUUUCGAAACCCCUGGAUCUCUAGUUACCAUGAAGACCAUGUGGAUCACUGCGGCCAAGGCUUUGGAUCUAAAGCUCCAUCCAAACUUUGCGGUUCUGUAUCAUUUCCCACAGAUGCCUUAAGUUUCCAGAGCGACUCUUUGGGGGACGGGGCUGCAUUGGUCAAGAGUACAUCUGAUAUCGAUGCCAGACUUCUGGCUGCUCUUCCCAAAGUUUCUGAGUUGAAGAAAUACUUUGAGGAGCCUGAGACGAAGGAUUUGGGAAUGAACAGGAAGGAGAGAAUCACACGGCGACUGGAGGGUAUUGAAGGUGAUGUUCCACCGGCGCUGAUGCCCAGCGGUUUGGUCGCCAACAGGAUGCUGGAGGAGGAUCCGCCACGUUACACCAGAGCCUCGGACUCCUGCGAGCCGUGUGUGAUGGUGAGGAGCUGCAGUCGAGAGGAGAUGGGGGCAACCCAGAAGCAGGUAUCAUCUCCAGACAGGUCAUCCAAGGACAGAGGAGGUGUCGUCAGUGGUCGUACAGAACCUGUGCUGGUCUACAUCGAUCCAGUGACCAUAUCAACCUCCUCCACGGUCACAUCUAGUCCUGCAGAACCCACUAGCCUCAGUUCCAAGGCUGAACGUAUCGCACGUUAUAAAGCAGAGCGCCGCCGCCAACUGUCCGAGCGUUACGGGAUUCUCCUGGACCAGGAAGCUGACACUGACUACACACCACGUUACCGUUACCGUCGUGACCCAGAUGCCCCCGAUAAACAAAUUCCCACUAGGCGACAUACGACGGACCGACUGGGUCUAGAAGAAUCUGGACGGGAGCACAGAGUUCCAUACCGCUCCGGAGUAGGCAGGGUGUCCAUGAGGACUCAACCAGACGCUGCCCAUGUUUCUACCACUAGUCCUGCUCAUGUAACUCAAGUUCCUCCCCAGAUGCAAGAAAGACCCAACAGAUUCUCAGAACAAGAAAGGACGAUGAACAUGGAGAACCACAGGCGCGGGUGGGCUCAUGAGCGCUCUGUCAAUUCUAGAACCAGAACCCAAGAGCUCCCGCCAUCCCAACUACAAUGGGAACCACACCAAAAGGAGGCCAACCAGCAGGAGCCAAGCCCCACCUCCACCAGGGACUGCAACCUUGCAGUGGUGCCCGGUUCCCCUCGCAGUACCCAUCGGACCUCUCUUCCCUCCACUCGCUAUGGCAUCUCGCCUGGAGAUUUAUUCAUUGAGCAGCAGGCCCACAGCAUCCUCAACAGGCAGGGAAUCCGAGUAAGAGAGCGAUUGUCCAGGGAUGAAACUGUCCAGAAGCCACCUGAGUGGAGUCCAGACAGACACCAGACCAACAGACGGCAUUCUCAGCGUGCCACGCCUCAGUACAGCACCCCGCAAUCACAAGCCAUCCAGCAAAGGACUCCUCCCCAGCCCCAGUCCAGUUCAGGGCACCACGCUGCCAAAGGCCCAAAGGAGUCUUUUCCUCCAGCGCCUGACUCCCAUCAUUCUGGCCCUGCUGUGGACUCCCACAUAUAUAUGGCUUUGUCUUCUCCAUUAGCUGCCACCAAAUUAACUGCUCCUCCAGAAGCAAAACCAUGGAGGAGAGUGAGUGCUGAUCAAAUCUGUGUUGCCCAAAGGGAACCAAGACUGGAGACCAGACAGGCCCUGAAGGAAGAGGUUCAUACUGAAGGUCUGCUCAAAAGCAGGAAAGCUGUUUUGCCUUCAGAGAUUCGUCGGAGAGAGAAAAGUGUGGAUGAUAUUCACCGGGGCCACCAUGAAGAUGAGUCCCAGACUAAGAACACAGAGGGGAGGAGGGUGUGCAGAGACGAGGAAGACUGGGAUAAGCACAGACCAGGAAAGAGGGGCAGGGAGAGGUCGAGCGACAGGCUUAGAGAAAGGGCCAAAGAGCGUCUUUCCAGUCAUGAGAAUGAAGAUGAGAGAGCGUUUAGGUCCAUGCAGCCUUUCAGUUCAUCUCAACUGAAGCAAAACCUUACAGAGCCUGUGUUCCUACAAGACCCCCACCGACACCGGCAACAGGCCACAAUGCAACAGCCUGAAAUCCACCAAACACACCGUGGUUCACAAAUUCAAAGUGAAGACUAUGAAAGGCAGGAGGGGUGUGACCAUUCAAGGGAACCCCAAGAUCUCCAAAGACCACAACCUCCAGCUCAGCACCAAGAACCCAACAAAAAAUCUCAAGUGCUCCAAUUACAAGAAGAACAAACACAGAGUCAACAUGAAGAUCCAUCAGAACUCCAGAGGUUUGAUUCACGCGUCUACCUGCAGAAGGAGUCUUCUUUACCUCAGGCCAAACACAGGAGCACAGACCAGAGCGGGGGGCCCAAACUCAAGAUACGAACCCGCUCCAUGUCAGACAUAGGUGUAAGCCAACGUGCGGCCAUCUACCGUAGUAUGGAGAGAGCAGCUGCCAGCAGAGAGACGGCAUCAAGGGAUGGAGGGACGGCUAACGGAGAGGUCGGAACUCUGGACACCCGAGUGUCAGUGGCCCAGCUACGUCACUCGUACCUGGAGAACGCCAACCGGAAGCCCGAGUUUGAAACCACUAAAGUAGAUCUGUCAGCUUUGGAGGUCGAUCCAGCUAGUGGCAGCGAUCGGGACAGGGGCGCUCGGAGGCCUCGACGCUACAUCAAUCCCGGGGAAACCCGAAUGUCGGAGAGGUUUAGGACUCAGCCCAUCACCUCCGCAGAACGGCUGGAGUCAGAUAGGUCUUGUCGAAGUCCUCCACUAAAAGAGACUGAAGCAGAUGAAGAAAAGCUGGAUGAGAGAGCCAAGAUGAGUGUGGCUGCCAAGAGGUCUCUCUUCAGGGAACUAGAGAAGACCUCAGAUGGGACUGUCCCCAAACCGCGCUCUCGAAACGCUGCCAUUGAACGCCGUCUGAGAAGAGUCCAGGACCGUUCACACACACAACCUGUCACCUGCCAGGAGGUGGUCAGUGCUGCAACUGACCCUGUUCCAUCGUCACAUCCCGCGGACAUCCACACUGUUGUAAACGUCAUCCCUGCUAGCAACAGCCUACAGGCCUCUUCCCAACCAGGACCAGUGGCCCAGGAACCACAGAAGGAGAAAGAGGAGCAUCCAGAGCACCAGGCACCAGCUCAUGUGGAAGGAGACGGGUUCGGUCCUGGGCCGGAUGAACCUGACCUCUCCACCCUCAGCUUGUCUGAAAAGAUGGCUUUGUUCAACCAGCUAGCUAAGCCCGCGGCUAAGCCUCCUGAAGGGACCGGGUCCAAGGAGGACUCCCGCCACCGCAGGGCCAGCGCCCGUUUUCAGACCCAACCCAUCACCCAAGGAGAAGUCAAGCAGGAAGUCAAACCGCCGCUAACGUCAGCGCUCUGCAACGGCGACUUACAUGCAGAUGACAGAGAACAUCUACAAAAUGGAGGUGCAAUCAAACUGGAGCCUCUGUCAGUGUCCCUCGUCCGCUCGGUGGCAGCCGUCACUUCCCAAGCCUCCAUCACCAUGGCAACAGGUGACAGUGAUGAAUCUCCUCCUCUGGGCAAAUCCACUGCCAUCACCUACAUCCCUGCUUCCAGCUCCUCCAGCAGCCACCAGGAGAGGGCACUGAGGUAUUCCUCCCUGACCCAGAGUAGGGAGCCACCGGCCCCCCCUGAGGCUGAGCUCAGUGCCUCCCCAUUCAUCAAUGAGGACGUUCCUCCUGCUCCCACCGCCUCCGCCAGACUCAGGCAGCAGGGGGAGGUGGAGGAGGACUGGAGCGCUCAUCUGGAGGAGGAGGUUAGGGGGGUACAGCAGGGAGGAGCCAGAGCUGGAAGCCAAGACAGAUGCAUUAGGAGAAAGCAGCCGGACUUCCCCGACAGGGACAGGUACAGCAAACCUCAUCAGUCUGCUGAUUCCUGUUUGUGGAGGGGCGACUCAGAGCCCCCAUCCAGCUGGAAGGUCACAGACAGAGAGUCCCCGAAGAGCAGGGACAGAGGAGAGGGAGCAGGAAAAGGAGGCUACGCCAGAGAGCCGGCUCACGUCUCUCCACAGGAGUUACAGGAGAUUGAAAGGAGCAGCAGUCGGAAGCAGGAGGGAAUCUCAGAGUUACCGGACCACCCUGCGACACAGAGGACGGUGUCUCAGGUGUCCAACACCCACUUACAGCAGAGACCCAUCAUCCAGCCUCCUCAGACUCUUCCUAAACCCGUCUCCCAGCAGCCUCCUCAAAUCCAACCCAAGCCUACAUCCCAUGUCCAGCUGUCCCAGCCCCCACCAACGUAUCCCAAACCUUUCACACAGUCACCAAAAUCCCAGCCCAGAACUCAGGGAUUCAUCCAGCCGUACCCUAGGCCUUACCUGCACCCCCAGCCCAAGCUCCAGGUUCCUCCACAAACACCACCCAAACCCCAGUCCUUCCCUCAAGCAUUGGUCAAGUCCCAGUCCCUUCCUCCAGAUCAGAGUGAGAACUUGAGCAGGCAGAGUGUCCAUUCUGGAGAUCUCCAGUCCCCUGCACAGUCUGCAGAUCGACUGUCUGACGGCAUGUCCACCAAGCAGAUGUCCAUCAAAGAGAGAGUGGCCUUGCUGAAGAAGAGUGGUGAGGAGGACUGGAGGAACAGGAUCAACAAGAAGCAGGAGGCGGUUACUGUGGCGACAGCUGACCAGCCGCCUCAACUCUGGGAAUCUGAGCAGAAGAAGGAGGAAGGGGUUCCCGCUCCCAACAGCGCCGCUCUGAAUGUGUCUGAACAGCUGUGGGAACCCGUUUUCUCUUCCACCUUUUCUCCUCCUAUCUCACUCGGACAAAAGUGUCAGUAUGUUGAGCACCACAGUCAGAUGGGGGAGGAGAUCAAAGCUCAAAUGACCAUUGAGGAGAGGAAACAGAUGAUUUCCACCCAGGAGGACGCCUGGAAAUCUAAGGGCAAGGGAGCAGCUAACGAUUCCUCUCAGUACACCGUGGCUGGAUGUAUGGUGAAGAAAGGUCUGACAGCCUCCUCUUCAUUUAUCAGCCCAAUCCUGUCACCGGUCUCCGCCAAACCCAAGAACAACACGACAGCUGUCAACAAACCACAUGAGGAGAUUGAGGCCAAACCAGACAUGGAAUCUGACAAGAAACUGGACAAACUGGAGAGGUUUUUAGGACGUUUAAACAGUAAAGUUGCAGGUCUGCAGGAAACCACACUAACAGUAACGGAGAAGGCUGUGAAGGAGGUGAUGAAGCUGGAUGAUGAGAUCUUCUCCAAGUUCUACCGACGUGUCUCUGAGAUUCCACGCAUGAUCCCCAGGAUCGAGAUCAAUGAGGACUUUGAUGUCAUCUUUGGUUCUCAGGGGCCCAAGCUGACCUCAGCUAUGGUGCAGCACAAGCGGGCGGUGCGUCCGUCCAGGAACGUGCAGGCGUCCAGGAAUCCUGUGAAGAUGCUGGCGGCCAGAGAGGACAUCCGACAGGAGUACACGGAGCAGAGACUCAACGUGGCCCAGCUGGAGAGCAACAGGAUGAAGGCUGAGAAGACCAGUAAAGCUUCAGAGUACUCGGAAGCAGCUCUGGCGGGACUCGCCAGUCAAGAGAACUUCAGCAGCGUGAGUCUGCGGAGCAUCAACGUCUCAGAGCACAUGUCCAAUAACAGCGCCGUGCCGUUUAAGAACAUCAUGCUGAUGCAAAUCAAAGGCCGUCGCCACGUUCAGACCAGACUAGUGGAGCCCAGAGCAUCGUCGUUGAACAGCGGAGACUGUUUCCUGUUGGUGACUCCAGAGCACUGCUUCGUCUGGAUCGGAGAGUUUUCCAACAUCAUCGAGAAGGCUAAAGCGGUCGAUUUGGCCACUUUCAUCCAGACAAAGAAGGACCUGGGAUGCAGAGCAAACCAGGUUCAGACCAUCGAGGAAGCAGUGACCUCACAUGGCCCUGAUAGCCAACAGUUCUGGACUCUCCUCGGAGGCCAGACUGCUUACCAGCCGGCGGGUCCCCCAGAGGAGGACGAGCAGUUUGAAAAUGCCAUCGUGGAAACCAACUGCAUCUACAGACUACAGGAAGACAAGCUGGUUCCUGAUGACGAUGAGUGGGGGAAGGUUCCUCACAGUUCUUUGCUCACGUCUAACGAGCAGGUGUUGGUCCUGGACUUUGGCAGUGAGGUGUAUGUGUGGCACGGGAAGGACGUGACACUGGCCCAGAGGAAGGUGGCCUUCCAGCUCGCCAAACACCUGUGGAACGGGACAUUUGACUACACCUGCUGUGACAUCAACCCGCUGGACCCCGGCGGCUGCAACACCUUCAUACCCAGGAAGGGUCAAGGCCGUCCUGACUGGGCCCUGUUCGGUAGGCUGACAGAACACAACGAGACUGUCUUGUUCAAAGAGAAGUUCUUGGACUGGACCGACUUAAAGACCCCGUCACCAAAAGACAACGGCGAGUUCAUACCUGAGCAGAAGGCUCCGGGACGAGACUACCAUCCUUAUGAUGCCGCCUUGAUGCUGCCUGUUCUCCAGACACCCAUUUCUACCAUCUUGGAUGGUGUAAAUGUGGGCCGAGGCUACGGUCCAGUGGACAGCGAGGACCAUAUGAGGACUCUGGAGAUCAGCACAGUUUCAGUGCAUGUCUGGCACAUUUUGGAAUUUGAUUACAGCCGCCUGCCACAUCAAAGCAUUGGGCAAUUCCACGAGGGAGAUGCCUAUGUGGUCAAAUGGAAGUACAUGGUCAGCACCUCAGUCGGUCGACGGCAGAACCCCGAGGUCAGGAGUAGUGGCCCUGGGAAGGAGAACUGCUGCUACUUCUUCUGGCAGGGCCGAUAUUCCACCGUCAGUGAGAAAGGAACAUCUGCGCUGAUGACGGUGGAGCUGGACGAGAGAGGAGCACAGGUCCAGGUGCAGCAGGGCAAAGAACCGCCGUGUUUCCUUCAGUGCUUCAGCGGGGGGAUGAUCAUCCACGCCGGCAAGAGGGAGGAGGAGGAGGAGAACACUCAGAGUGAAUGGCGUCUGUACUGUGUGCGGGGCGAGGUGCCAGUGGAGGGCCACCUGCUAGAAGUGGCAUGUCACUGCAGCAGCCUGCGUUCCAGAGCCUCCAUGAUCUUGCUCAACAUCAACAAGGCCGUCAUGUUCCUGUGGCACGGCUGCAAGAGCCAGCUGCACACGCGCAGUGUGGCUAGCACAGCCGCGCACAAGAUCAAAGAACAGUGUCCUCUGGAGGCGGGGCUACAUAGCAGCAGCAGGGUGACCAUCCAUGAGUGUGAUGAGGGGGUGGAACCUCCGGGCUUUUGGGAGGCAAUGGGGAGAAAGGACAGGAAGGCAUACGACUGCAUGCUGCAAGAUCCAGGUAAAUUCAACUUCACGCCACGGCUCUUCCAGCUGAGCAGCUCAUCGGGAGAGUUUUUGGCAAAUGAGUUCUUCCACCCAUCCAGAGCUCCAGACCUGGUUAGCUCACUGCCCUUCUUGCAGGAAGACCUGUACAACACCCCACAACCCGCAUUGUUCCUGGUGGAUAACUUCCAUGAGGUUUACCUGUGGCAGGGCUGGUGGCCUCAGGACAGCGACAGUCCCGGCUCAGCCCGUAUCCGCUGGGAUGCAGACAGAAAGUGUGCGAUGGAGACGGUGCUGCAGUACUGCAAAGAGAAGAAUGAGAAGAAGCCUCAGAAGUCGUAUCUGAUCCACGCCGGUUUGGAGCCGCUCACCUUCACCAACAUGUUUCCCAGCUGGGAGCAUCGUGAGGACGUGGCUGAAAUAACUGAGCAGCAGGCGGAGGUGUGUCAUCAGAUCAUCUUGGUGGAGGACGUGUUGGCUCGACUGUGUCAGAAUACCUUCCCACUGGCCCAGCUGCAGGCCCGGCCCCUCCCUGAAGGUGUCGACCCCCUCCGACUGGAGGUCUAUCUAUCUGAGCCCGACUUUGAGAAAGCUUUGGAGGUGACGAGAGAAGAAUAUGAAAGUCUGCCUGGGUGGAAGCAAGUGAACUUAAAGAAGGCUAAAGGCUUAUUUUAACCCUUCACAGAGCGUGCACGGAGGGACAGAGGACAGCUGAGACACACCAGGCGUCUCAGACGUGUAGCGUUCAAGAACGUGGUUGACGUGGAAACGGAUGCAGGACGUGAUGGAGGAGACCGGAGUCUGGAGCAAAGUUUAGGUGUUUUAAUGGAAAUGCUGAAGACGUGCUGCUUUAGAUCGUACAUGUGUGUACACGGUGCACACACACAUGCAUUUAGAGUCUAAUCAAGCUGCAGGACACCGUGUGUGUGUGUGUUUGUGUGUGUGUGCUGACUGUAUAUAAAGUGUGUGUGUAUCUUGUAUCUAUGUACAAACAAACACUGUAGCAGCAGCACAAAGUCUUUGCAGAGUGUGUUUGUGUGUGUGUGUUUGUGUGUGUGUGUGUGUGUGUGUGUGUGUGUGUGUGUGUGUGUGUGUGUGUGUGUGUGUGUGUGUGUGUGUGUGUGUGUGUGUGUGUGUGUGUGUGUGUGUGUGUGUGUGUGUGUGUGUACAGGUUCUGUAGAUGUUUGAUUUUUCAUCAGGACUCAGAGGUUUGAUUUGUUUUGGCCCUGAGAAGCAGCAGCUUGAUGAUCCUGACUGUAUAGUGCCUUAAUUUGCUUUUUGUGUACAGAAAUUCUAGUCUGCAUUUUUAAUGACUUCCUUUGUGAUAAAACAUAGAGAAUUAAAUCACAGUAAUGACUCACU